AUAAAUGUAAUAAACAGUAAUUGAUUUUAAUGUUUUUUCAAAUUUAAGAUGAAAAAAUUGAUGCAUAUCUAAACAUUAUAGUGCACUUGCUAAACAUCAUAUAUUAUGAUUUUAUUAAGCUGAUGAUUUUUUGCACAAUGUUUGCUAAAAGUAGAAAGCUUUAUUUCAUAAAGAUCUUUUAUUCAUUAUAUAAAAUUUAUGAAAAUUAAUUUGGUAGUUGGAAUGCUGCAGUUUGCAAAGUAUAGAUUAAGUAGUAUUAUAUUUUAUCAUAUAUUUGCAGUACAAAAAUUAAUUUGCUGCCUUUAGUUCAUUUCAAUUUGUUAUUAGUAGUUGAAUGAUGAUUGCACCAGAUAAUAGUGUAAGGAGCAAAGCAGAUUUGACUUUGUUCAUUUGCAGAUUUCUUAUUUCUUUUAUUUAGGCGAUACUAUUCAGAUCGUGGUUCAGAAAUAAUCCAUCAUUACAUUCCAUAUACAGAUGCAUAUUAUAGUCAGGAAGGAAUUCAGCCUCCUACACAAGAGACUUAUGGUGUUGGCUACCAGCCAACUGCCACACCCACCAAUGGUCACCAUGGAGAUGGCAACAUCUCUCCUACAUCUUCCCAGUUGUCAGUGCCAGGCGAAAAUGCCACAUUGAUCAAUCGCACCACCCCACAGCCAAAAACACAGCAGCCAAUGAAGACAGUUCCAAAAAUUAUUCCACCUCGCCAUAUUGGCCCCGAAGGACAAGCUGUUGAAUAUCCUCCUUAUAGUGCUGCUCCACCUUUACCACCUUCCACAAGCAGUGGAUAUGGUACUUAUGGUUACACUGUUCCUGCAAAUGUUCCACAUGACUACAAUACUUAUAAUUCAGGUGUAGGAGGACAACCCCCACCUCCUCCUCCUCAAGGAAUCUAUCCACCAGAUUAUAGUACAUAUGGUAGAACAACUUCACCUAGUGCAAGACCAAACUUUGAAGUUUAUCCUCCAAGAAUAGGACAAACUUUUCCUGAUUAUGAUUAUCAUGGUUAUCCAGCACAACCUCCAUCACCACCCUCAGCAUCAUCAGAAUCUCCCCAACCACGUCGAGCUAUGCCACAAGUACCUAGGAGUGGAGAAACAGAAUACAAUCAUCGGCCAGCUGGUUAUGAUGAAUUAGAUCCAACUCUUGUCCCAUCUAGGCCUGAAUAUCAAGAAAGGUUUCCAAGUACUCCUUCUCCUGGUCCUGUUUCUGAUAGAUUUGGUCCCUAUGGAUAUUCUGGUACUCAGAUUCCUGCAACUUCUCCUGGUUAUGCUCCAUAUGAAGCUCCACCACCUCAGGGGUAUCUAGAUCGCCGCCCAAGUUAUGAUGAUCAUCCACAAAGUCAAGUACCUCAUAUUAGACCUCCCACAUCUUACACCCAUCCUUCAAGAGUUGCUGAAGAAAAUGCUGGCUUGCCACUUCCAUCAAUGGACAGACAGUAUCCUCCACCACCUCGGCAUCCUCAUUUAGAAAAUGAAAGUAUUGAUGGAGAAGGAAGAGAUGUAAGGUGGAGAGAUCCAGAUUUACAUGAGGUAAUAGAGUUCCUAGGCCAUCCAAAUAAUGUUGUUCGGGCAAAUGCUGCAGCAUAUCUCCAGCAUUUAUGUUAUAUGGAUGAUAAUAUUAAACAAAAAACUAGAGUCCUUGGAGGCAUUCCACAAUUAGUUGAUUUGCUCAAUCAAGAAAUACCUGAAAUUCAAAGAAAUGCAUGUGGAGCUCUUAGAAACUUGUCUUUUGGGCGACAGAACGAAGAAAAUAAGAGAGCAAUACGUAAUGCUGGAGGCAUUCCUACACUUGUCCAACUUCUCAGGAAAACACCUGAUAAUGAAAUAAGAGAGUUAGUAACUGGAAUUUUAUGGAAUUUAUCAUCAUCAGAGGAACUCAAAAAGCCCAUAAUUGAUGAUGCUCUCACGGUAUUAGUUAAUCACGUCAUAAUUCCUCAUUCUGGGUGGGAUCGUAACAGAGAUCCUUCAGAUCAAAUCAAAACACAAGAAAUUUAUUGGUCAACUGUAUUUAGAAAUGCUAGUGGAGUUUUGAGGAAUGUAAGUUCUGCUGGUGAAUAUGCACGUAAAAAAUUAAGAGAAUGUGAAGGUCUUGUAGAUUCUUUACUUCAUAUUGUUCGUGCUGCUAUAGGCAAAAAUGAUAUGGAUAAUAAAAGUGUAGAAAAUUGUGUUUGUAUACUAAGAAAUUUAUCAUACCGAUGUCAAGAAGUAGAAGAUCCAGAUUAUGACAAACACAUUAUAUCACCUCCACAAACUCGUGCAAUGGUGCCAAUUAAUAAAGUGUUUUCACCGAAUAUUAUUUCUAAAAUACAAGUGGGAGAAAAUUUAGGUUGUUUUGGCACAAGUAAGAAGAAAAAAGAAGCUCAAAGUGCAGAGAAGCAAAAGAGAGAUGGUAUUGUCACAAGUGGAAGUUCUAGACCAAGAUCAGAACCAGUGAAAGGAAUGGAUUUAUUAUGGCAGCCAGAAGUUGUUCAACCUUAUUUAGCCUUAUUAUCAGAAUGUUCUAAUCCUGAAACGUUAGAAGCUGCUGCUGGAGGUAUUCAGAAUUUAGCUGCUUGUUAUUGGCAGCCUAGUAUUGAUAUAAGAGCAGCAGUAAGAAAAGAGAAAGGAUUGCCUAUAUUAGUAGAAUUAUUAAGAAUGGAAGUUGAUAGAGUUGUUUGUGCUGUAGCUACUGCAUUAAGAAAUUUAGCAAUGGAUCAACGCAAUAAAGAACUUAUAGGCAAAUAUGCUAUUAGGGAUCUUGUACAAAAACUUCCUCCAGGAAACCCACAACAUGAUGCUGGAACUUCUGAUGAUACAAUUGCAGCUGUACUUGCCACUUUAAAUGAAGUCAUUGUUAAAAAUAGUGAUUUUUCACGUUCCUUAUUGGAAUGGGGAGGUGUCGAACGAUUAACUUACAUUACUAAACAGAAAGGAAAAUUUUCUUCCAGAGUAGUGAAAUUUACCUCUCAGCUUUUGUUUAAUAUGUGGCAACAUCAAGAACUUAGGGAAGUUUAUAAAAAAGCAGGAUGGAAAGAGGGUCAUUUUAUUACUAGAACAAUGAUUGCUCGAAUUACGGCUUCUCCUCCUGCAAGUGCCAACAAUACACUAAGUCGACCAAUUAGUACUCAAGGUGGAACAAAUUACGAGGACAGAACAUUAUCUAGAGGAAGGGAAUUAAAUACUGUUGCUCCAGGACAAGUUCCAUACAGUCGUUCUGAAGAACUUGCUAUGAAUGAUCUCGCUCACAUGCCAGAACCACCACAGUCUCAAACACAACCACAACUACAGCCACCGCAACCACAACCACAACCACAGCCACAAUCACAACCUCAAAUGCAAUCUCAAACUAUUAAACCACCUGUAGGUGGUGUUCCAAUUUUUCCUCCCACAUUGCCUCAUCACGAACCCCUCUAUGCCCAGGUGAAUCGAGAUAAAAAGAAACGUCAUCCUGACAUGUCUUCCCAGCCUUUGUUACUCGAUCAUCAAGUGGAUGCCCAAGGUGGUGAUUCCUGGGUCUGAUGCCAAAUAUGCAGUUCCAUCUUUAAUCUCGUUUUGCUAUUGUGGACAACAUAUGGGCAUCGGAUCGUCGGAAUCUCACGGUUGAGUUUGUCUCCAGUAGACUUUCGUCGACCAUUCAUGGUUGCAAGCAUACCCGGUGCCAAUAAAAGACUCUAUCUAGAGUUAUAUAUAUAUACACACACAAUGUAUAUAUCUAUAUAUAUAAAAGCAUUUAAGAAAAUGCAUUCGAAGUCUUCUGCAGGAAGUGCAGCUAUCGUAUCCCUAUUAAUAACAUUCCAUUAACAAAGUUCAACUCAUAAGGAUAUUGCAGCCAGAUCGUGGAAACAAUACCAACAGUGCCUCUAGGUAGUAGAGUGACGAGGAGUUAAAUAAAAAAAAUAAUAAUAAUAAAAAAAGAGCCUAAAUAGUUAGAUUCAGUUGAAGAGUUGUGUUGAGAGAAAUGUUGAAUUACACAUCUUAUUAAAAUUGUAUCUGUUAAAAAGUUUUAUGAUGGAUUAUGAGCCAUAUACAUCUUGUCACAAGUAUAUAUACAAAAUAUAUAAAAGAAAAUCUAUAUAAUGUAUAUUGAGGUGAUAUUCUGUUGAGAAACUGUUACAAAAAAUAUGUGGAAGAAACUGUACAACAAUUAAUAGCACAAAGUUUGUUAUGUUAUAAGUUCCAGCAGGUUUAAUAAUAAUAAUAAUAAAUAAUAAUAAUACAGAUAUAGCAAGCAAUUAAACAGCUCCACAACGGACAACAGAAACGAAACAGUCAAGCAAAAAACGCUCAGCACUUCGAAGAUUCGUGCUCAGUAAAUAGACUAGUUAUCGACAGACCGAGAAUGGUUUUAGCCUCACAAUUACUGUAAUAUCUGGUCACGAAAUCGAAUGGCUAAUCAUUUGAAAUCACCAAUGGAUGAUCAUCUGACAUGUUUGUUGGCUAUUUCUUAUCCUAAAAUCUCAGUAUUAUCCAAUUUGUCAUUCAGUUAUCUGCUUUUGAAGCACAGAUGUAUCUGUUGAUUCUUAGUGAUGCCACUUUAUCUGCCUAUUCUCACAGUGUGUACAGUCUUCCUGCUUGUUAAUGUUUGGAUGUACCAGCAACUUUUUAUUACACCCAGUCUACAUAUUGAACUUUUUCUUAUAUCUUUUAGCAGAUGUAUCUUGUCAUUUAUAUUAGAAGUGAAUUCUUAUGAAAAUAUGAUUUUUUUUACACUUUUCUUGUAAUAACUUAUUCCUUAUUCGUGUAUUAGAUUUCAGGAUCGUGCAAGACAUUUUUAUAAAUGAUUAAAUGUCAGUUUUGUGUUCUUUUUACAGAAGAGAAAAUUUAAUACAAAGAUGGAUUGAAAGUUAUAAAAAAAAUGAAGCGAUGUUAUGUUUAUAACAUUGACGUUCUUAUUGUUAUUUGUUUGAUAAUUGUUUUAAUCUUCACAGGUCAUACCAUAUUCAAAACAUAGGACUUCAUAUAGUCUGUGAAUGCAAGCCAUGUCCCAAAAUAUUUAUGGUAACUGUACAACUAUUGCAAUAUUGAUCAAUCUUUUGCUAUAAAUUGAUCAAAUUGGUUCUGUGCCUUUUGUGAAAUGUUGUUUUGUUUUUAGUAAUUAAUGAAUUUAAAAAUUAAAAAAAAAAAAAAAAACAAGUUAGCUAUUCCAUUUGGGAUUAAUGCAAGUAUUAAAAAAGAAAAUAUUAUCAAAAUAAAAAUGUUACCAGAGGAAAAAAAAAAAAAGCAAUUCACAGCUCCAAGUACAAACCUGCCACAGGUAUUUUAAAUGCUCAGUAUUUAUUAAUGAAAUAUCUUUUUUUCAUUCGAGAGUUCUGAUGGCUGCCGAAUCUCUUACGAGAUCAGAACAGGGUUUUAGUAUCUCGUGUAUUUAUUAUCCAUGUACAAUUUAUAAGCCUGUCUCUUUGAAUGUUUCAUUUUAAAUAAAAAAAAACAAAAAAAAAGACACCCAUCAGUGAAUUUUUCUGAAACGGCCAGAUCAAUAUUCUCUACUGUCGAUUGCCUAUUGAAAAAGAGAAAAAAAAAAAAAAAAUCUAUUCCAUGUUGGUCUUAUACUUUGUUUUGUAGUCAUUUUUGUAAUUCAUGUGUCAGAUGACCUUUUAUUGUGAAGCAUCUAUUGUAUCGAUGACAGUGAAUAAAAAAAGUUUGCAGUCAAUGUA